AUUGACUGCUGGUAAGACUAAUCAACAAGGCGUCGCGUGAGUUCGAUUGUAAAAAUUCGAUAUACAUAUGUAUUUCUAUUCAUAUUUUCACCAUGUACGAUAUUGCCUGUAAGAAUGUAUAGCACGUUUUUUACGUGAAUGUUUAUAUACUGGUCAAGGCCCUUUGUUACAGUGUUGCCGAGGGGCAUAUUAUAUUGUUUUAAAACCCCCACCCAAAUGACAAUAAUCUUGCUCCUAGAAAGUUCUUAAUGAAGCAUUACUGUUAUUGAACGUGUGCACUAUCGGAAACUAAACAAGGACGUUUCAGUAUCGCUAAGGCUAUACGGCUAAGAGGGUAAUCUUACAAUGUAGUAAGGUUGUGAUUUUCAAAGCAAAGAGGAUGACUAUAGUAGAAACAAUAUAUAUGCCCUCAAAAAAUGGUUUUCAUGGGGAAACCAAGAAAUGGAAUGGAGUAAAAAAUGGCGGAAAAUUUUCAAAUGGAUGCUACGUGCAACCAAAACAGUCUACAGAGGAAACGGGAAAGACAUGGGAAAAUGACUUUUGUGAAUGUUUUGAAGAAACUCCAAUGCUGGCAGCCAUUUCUACAUAUAUUGGCUAUCUUAUUCUUGUAGCAGUGGGCCAUGUAAGAGAGUUUUUAAAAAGCAUUGGGAUUGGAGUCAUUAAAGGCGUUGCAGAACCUAAAAUUCCUGGUUUUGUGCCUUUGUAUCAAACAUGGGAAAGCUUUUAUUCUUGGUAUGUGUACCGGCGCAUCCAGGACUGUUUCUGCCGCCCAGUUGGUAGUGUUCCUGGGGCCAAAAUGGUGGUCAUGGACAGAGAGAGUAAAGACAACCGUUGGCAUUUUUACUACACUGGUGGAGAGUCAACAGUCCUGAAUUUUGGCUCCUAUAAUUAUCUGGGAUUUUCUCAGAACUCAGGACCUUGUGCUGAUGAUGUUGAGGAAGCCAUUACAAACUAUGGAGUUGGUACAUGUGGCAGUCGGCAGGAAUUAGGAUACCUUGACCUUCACAGACAGAUGGACAGACUUGUGGCAGAUUAUCUUGGAGUAGAGGAUGCCUUCACUGUACCCAUGGGGUUUGCUACCAAUUCUAUGAAUAUUCCCACCCUUGUAGGAAAGGGUUGUUUGAUAUUGAGUGAUGAACUAAACCAUGCAUCUCUAAUUCUGGGCUGUCGCCUGUCUGGUGCAAAAAUCCGGACCUUCAAACACAACUGCAUGAAAGAUCUGGAGAAAAUGUUACGAGAGGCAAUUGUAGAUAAACAGCCCAGAACACAUCGGCCCUGGAAAAAGAUUUUAAUAGUAGUGGAAGGAGUUUACAGCAUGGAAGGUUCAAUAGUGAAAUUACCAGAGGUUCUCAGAUUAAAGAAGAAGUAUAAGGCCUAUUUAUAUUUAGAUGAAGCCCAUAGUAUAGGUGCCAUAGGGCCUCAUGGGAAGGGUGUGGUGGACUACUUUGGUCUCUGUCCUCGAGAUGUUGAUAUUAUGAUGGGAACAUUUACUAAAAGUUUUGGUGCUGUUGGAGGUUACAUAGGUGGAUCUAAGGCCCUUGUAAACCACAUAAGGCUCUACUCUCACUCAUCAAUUUACUCCAGUAGUAUGGCUCCUGGUGUAGCACAACAAGUCCUGUCCUCAAUGAAAAUUAUGCUUGGCAGAGAUGGAACCUGCGAAGGUAAGAAGAGGAUUCAGCAGCUGAAGUGGAACACUCGGUAUUUCAGACGGCGAUUGCAGGAGAUGGGAUUUAUACUAUAUGGAAACAAAGAUUCUCCAGUUGUGCCUUUACUUAUGUUUAUGCCAUCCAAAAUAGCAAAAUUCUCGAGGGAAAGUUUGAAGAGAGGGAUGGGUGUGGUUGUUGUGGGUUUCCCUGCCACUCCCAUGACAAAAUGCCGUGCCCGAUUCUGUUUGUCUGCCUCACAUACAAAGGAAAUGUUAGAUGAGGCUCUACAGAUCACUAGCGAGAUUGGAGAUCUCUUGGCCAUCAAGUACUCUAAAGCAGCUCCACCAUCAUAUUCAGAAAAUGAUAUUCCCUUGCUAGAGGAUGAACAUGGAAAGUCAGAUGAAGCUUUGUGAUAGCAUACAGGAAAAGCAGACACUUUAGUCAUUUCAUUCUGGGUGAAGGUUCAGGAGCAUGCAAACUAAGGGGACUCAUUCCAGCUUUUGAAUUUUUUAUUUUUAUAUGCUCAUAUUUGAGGCCCCAUGCAACGGCGUGACAAAGACGUCUGUCCAUUAACUUUUACUUGUCUGGCUUAAAACUGAGACACUUUGAGGCCUAGAUUUUUCCCUGAUUUCUGAUUUUGUUAAUGAGGAAAUUCUUUUACAAUAACAUGGUAGAUAAUUGCUUUAGUAUGAAUAUGGAAUCUACUGUUUAACCUUGCAGAUAGUCAUUGCUUUACAUUUGUAUAUUGAAUGAAAUCUUGAUUUUAAAAAAAUCUAAUGAUUAUGCAUUAAGAAAUCCGAAUGUUGUACACAGAUGCAAAGGACAGCACAUUCUGUUUGAAAAUUGCCGUAGUCUGCAUCAUUAAAUCAUAUGUACAUUUAAUCCCAGUUUUAAAUUAUCAUUAUGUUAUUUUAUAGUUUUUAUUUUGUGUAUUUUACGUGGCAGUUUUUAUUCCCCCCAAGAUAGAAGAUGGGGGGGCAUAUUGUUUUUGUCCUGUCUGUCAUUCUGUCUGAAACUUUAACCUUUGAACAGUAAGUGAUAGAGCUUUGAUAUUUCACAUGAGUAUUCCUUGUGACAAGACCUUUCCGUGGGUACCAACAUUUUUGACCCCGUGACCUUGACCUUGGAGUUUGACCUACUUUUUGAUUGAAAACUUUAACCUUGCUAAUAACUUUUGAACAAUAAGAGAUAGAGCUUUGAUAUUUCACAUGAGUAUUCCUUGUUACAAGAUCUUUCCGUUGGUAUUGAACCUUUUGACCUUGACAUUUGACCUACUUUUAAUUUUUUUUUUUUACAUUGGUCAUAACUUGUAAAUGGUAAAUAUUAGAGCUUUCAUAUUGUACAUGAGCAUUUCUUUUGACAAGAUCUUUCUACUGGUACCAAGAUAUUUGCCCUUGUGACCUUGGCCAUCUUCGGAAUUGGCCAUUAUCGGGGGCAUUUGUGUUUCACAAACACAUCUUGUUUUUAUUGAAAUCAUUUCAGUAAUAUGCAUGUAUUUAAAUUUUUGAUAUACAUCCACCUCUGUUAGCUUAGAUUUGAUACACAUGUAAUAUGAGACCUGUUGACCUCUAGCUGUGUAUGAGGGUAUACAUGUCAGCUUAGAUUUGAUACACAUGUAAUGUGAGAUCUGCUAUCCUCUAGCUGCAGAGGUCUGAGGUGUAUAGGGGUAAACAUGUAUUGCUGUGUCUUGCCAUUUUGUUAUUCUUAUGUUAAUGUUGUGUUUGCUCUUGUGUACAAAAUUUUACGCUACAUUUCUGGCUUGAAUAUUGCAUGUAUCAACUUGAAUUCUUGCCGUGCAUAAAGGUAAAAUAUUGAAGGUCAAGGUGACAUUGGAGGAAAAUUUUGAAAUUGAACAUUGUGUAAAACAUUGUUUGAGUAUUUUGUGUCGGAUGAUUUCAUUGACACUUAGAGGGAUGCUCUUUCCACAAAGAUCUGGGCUACCUUUGAUUUUCUGAUUCAAGGUUGAAGGAUAUAUGGUAACACUUAAGAGAGUAUUAAAAUAAAUGUUCAGACCUUUUUCAUGUAGAAAAUAUUACAUGUAACUUUAAAGAACUAUGCAUGUUAGACAAUGUAUAUGUAUCUGAUUAUUGGAAUAAAUAGAUAACGUCAUGUAACCAUAUUCUAAAGUCAAGACGUAUGUCUGCUUGCGUUUUGUUUUGGAAAGCAUCGGACAUACUCAGGAACAUGUUUAUUUUGAUAAUGUUGAUGUGUCUUCUAUGAUUAAAUAAAUAGCUUCAUCACAUCAAGAUUUAGGUUUAUGAAAUGAUAAUAUUGUGCAGGCAUUUCUUUAAAGAAUAAUGAUAAAAUGGGGUCAAGAAUUUCUCCACUUUUCUACUGAAAGACGAGAGUUUAAAUUUUCUGAGUCGGUCAUUGUGCGUUAACAAUUGAACAUUUUUAACUUAUUGAUAAACUACCAUUCCAAUUCUUUUCAAUUUGGUAUGAAGCAUCUUUUGGACAAGGGGGGACAUAAAUUGUAAAUUUCAGGACUCCUGCAUCCCUGAGGCCUUAAGGGUGGGUCAAAAAGUGCUAAAAAUCUACCUAUUUUAAAAAAUCUUCUCUACAAAUGCACAUCUGUAAGAAAAACUAAAUGCAUAGUCACGUACAGCAGGAAGGCCUUUGCCAAAUUGUAAACUUCAUGAUCCCAUGGGUAGAGGUUCGGACUCCAGGAUGGGACCAAACGUUUAUAUGUAAAACUUUUAAUAACAUCCUUUUUAGUAUAUUGAUACUAAAUUGAAAUUAAAUGGAUAUUCAGAAUGAGCAGGUAGUCCUUUACCAAGAUUGUAAAUUUGAUGAUCCAAGGGGUAGAGGUGUUGGUACCAGGAAGGGACCAAAAUGGUCAGACAUUAUAAUCAAAUGUGUGUCAACAAGUUUUAAUUUCUUUCUGAUAACUACCCUUCCAAUUCUUUUCACAUUUGGUAUAAAGCAUUUUUGGGAUAAGGCAGACAUAAAUUGUAAAUUUCAGGGCAGCUGCAAAAAUUUAAUAAUUUUCAAAAAUCUUCUUUAUAACCACAUAUCUGUAAGAAAAACUAAAUACAUAGUCAUGUAGAGCAGGAAGACCUCUACAAAACUGUAAAUUGUUUUUGUGUAAAACAUUUAAAAAAGAACCUCUUUAAUGCUAUUGAUUCUAAAUUGAAACUAUAGAUAGAUAAUCAGAAAGAGCAGACAACACUUUGUAACAGGAAGGGAGAAAAUGCAAUGGACCAGACUGGUAUUCUAACCAAGGACCCCUGAAUCUUCAGUCAGAUCCUCUACCUACUGAGUUCUCUGGCCACCAGCGAUUGAACCCGGCUGACUUCCACUUGUGAAUUUCAUGAUUCCAGGGCUUGGGGUUUUGGUUCCAGGGUGGGGCCAAAAUUAUCGUAGUUAAUUAUAGAGUUUAUCAUUUAAAGACUUCUUUAAUUUUGCUGAUACUGUAUAAAAACUCUUAAGUGCAUAUUUUAAAAAUCAGAAAGGGACGGAUGUACCAAAAUUGUGAAUUUUGCAACAGGGUUCUGAUUAUAGGGCGAGUUCAAAAUAGUCACAUAGUGUUAUUAUGACAUAUUAUGUAAAGCCUUUCAUUAUUAUAGGCUUAUAUUGGGGUAUCUGUGUUUUAAGAAGACAUCUUGUUUGAUAAAGCAGCCAAAUACUAGAAUGUAGCUCAGAUGUGCAGAACAGGAAAAGUAUUGUGGAUUUCAUAGCCCUGGGAGUUGGUGAUACUUUUAAGUAAUACUCAAUUGACCGAUAAGGCCUGUGGGCCUCUUGUAUUGGUUUCAAGUAAAUAUUACUAUUACAGUAGCAUUUAAUUUUUGAAUCUCCUUUAAAUCUUCGGUUAUCAUCCAAUGUUCAGAAGAAAUGGAUAUGCAUUGAUCAUAUUGCACAUUAUAUUUUUGUAUACUGAAAAGGAAAGAAAAAUAAAUUACAUCAAACAAAUUA